ACUUGAUCCGCCCACCAAUACCUGCCCUGGUCCUUCCAUCCACGGAACAUGCUGGACAGGUGAGAAGGCGUUCAAGACAAGUGGAAGGUCAACUGAGAGUGUCCAAAGCUCCGUCUACUUCUUAAAUUGUAAGACGAUAAUGGUAGGGAUAACUUAAAGAGGGAGAUGAGAGGAUAUGCUUCCCUGCAAGACAUUAAUUGCGAUCUUUACACCUUAAAUUGCAAUCACAUCGGAGCCCAGAUCCAUACCCUUGACUGAUUAACACUAUACGAACCAUCUCGAUUGUGGUACAAGUUUAAGACCAUCAUUUUCCCUGUGGUGAACUUUUUAUUAAACAAAGCACUGUAUUAUUGAUGCGUUGAUGAAACGCCCCGAAGAGGAGAGAAAUUCAAGAAACCUCCCAGUUGACUUCAACGCAGCAUUAGCCUAGCCAGCCAUACUAAAACGUUGAGAACACACAUCCACAUAUCCUCACGGGUGGUCCUGACAUUGACUCCUGCUUUGCACGUGAAAGUGCACAAUGGUAAAAAUAUUCAUUGGGAAUUUAGCUGCGGAGACGACCACCGAUGACCUACGCUCUCUGUUCUCCCAGUAUGGCAAGAUUGCAGAGUGUGACAUUGUCAAGAACUUUGGCUUUGUCCACAUGGAUGACAAGUCGGAGGCGGAGGAGGCCAUUCGUAACCUCCACCACUAUGAGCUGAAUGGCCAGCCCAUGAAUGUAGAAUUGAGCCGCGGCAAAUCCAAAGCUUCAACUAAGCUACACGUCGGUAACAUUGCCUGCACCAACCAAGAGUUACGGGCCAGGUUUGAGGAAUAUGGCGCUGUGUUGGAGUGUGACAUAGUGAAGGACUAUGCCUUUGUUCACAUGGAGAGAAUGGAUGAUGCGUUGGAGGCCAUCAAUAAAUUAGACAACACUGCCUUCAAAGGCAAACUGAUGAGUGUGAAGCUUUCCACUAGCCGCCUGCGCACCGCGCCGGGAAUGGGAGAGAGAUCGGGUUGUUAUCGUUGCGGGCAGGAAGGCCACUGGUCCAAAGAGUGCCCUCUAGAUCAAAACGGUUACCCAGAAAAUGGCUCAGAGCCACAGUCCGACGGAUACAGUGCUGCUGGGUUUGUUGGGCGUGGCGGCGGCGGCGGCGGCGGCGGCGGCAGCUGGGGUUACCAUCCGGGCUUCGGCGGUGGUCAGGAUUUCGCUGGCGGCUAUGCUCCUGUACAUGAUUAUUCCCGGUAUUCCAGUCCUGGCGGUGGCGUGGCGGGGUACGGCAGGGGCUUCGAGAGCGCUGUGAGUUACGGGGUGCCCCCGGGUUACAGCUAUAGCGCCGCAGCGGAUCAUAGCGUGGCUCGGAUGUACGGCAGCGGAGCAGCUUACGCGGGCGGCGGCGGCGGCGGCGGCGGCUCACUCUAUAGCGCGGUGCCUGGCUACCCGGCGCGGCAGCCCCCUAGCGACGAAAGGGACCCGUACGGUGUCAUGGACUUCUACGAGAAGUACAGGGCUCACCCAUACGGAGCCGGCUAUUACGAGGUCCCCUUGGCGGCGCCAUCCCCCCCUCCGCCUCCUUCCGCCGCUAUAGCGCGGGAACGUGUGCCACGCUCGAGCAUCGACCCCUACGAGUGCCCUCCCCUCCCUGCUGCGGCGGCCCCGGUCACCUCAUACUACGCCCGUGACCGAAGUCCCAUUCGGAAAGUGCCCCCCGAGCCCGAGAGGUACGGCUUUGAGCAUUCGCGGGCCGCCUCGAUGGCCUCCCUCCCGAGAAGCACGCCCUUUGACCUCUCGCGGGAUACCUAUGCUGAGCGGGCGCGCUAUGCCUACUAGCGAUGCGACUCUGCUAACGGGGCCACCGGCAUUUAGUUCUUAAUGUAGCCCAUGAAACACAGGAGUAAGUAUGAGAGUUGACUGUUCACAUAAGCUGGGUUAUCAAUGAGGAAAGCCACAUUGAAAUACUGCAUAUAAGCUUCAUAUGAUUGACUCGUAGCUGUCUGUUGUGGUAUGCUCUGAGUCUUUGCAGGUGAUGUCCCAACAUGUGGGACGACUACUCAUUUGCAUUACUCCGUCUUUCUUAUGAUACCAUUUUUGAAUGACAUGUUACUUUUUUAGUGUAAUACAUUGUGUUUUUCUCAGUGAAGCUAAACUUGUACAUAUAUACUCGUUGGAUAACACUAACAAAUAAUAAUCCAUGUAGAAGCAUGUUUUAAAGGUGACCUGCUACACAUUUGAAUCAUGGUUUACUCUAGCUUUUUAACCUGUGACCAUUUGUUUUGUGCUGUUUAUCUGCCCCUUUGAGAGGUUAUACAGAGUAAGAAUUUGUGUUUGUGAAGCAAAACCCCAAACUGAAUCAGGGGCUGAAUAAGUGACCUAAUUUUGUUUGUUAAAAGCAAAAAAUUGUUGCGUGACGUUUGUUUAAUAUAAAUAUGUGAAACCUGACCUGAUCCUUGUGUUUAACUAGUUUUUUUUUAAGGAUAGUAGAAUAAAUUAUUUUUCCCUCUGA